UUUUUCGCACAGUGCAUGCUUUACGGCAGCAAUCAUUUUGACAGGCAGAAGCUAGCCUAGCAACAAACUUUAGUAGUUAUUAGUUAGCUACAGUACAUGAGUUGGGUUAGCUACAGAAAAGACAUGAUAUACUUUAGAAACAAAAGAUUCGCAACUCGUGGCAACUUUAACCGUCAAAGCAACUUUUUUCGUUCUAGCUAACGUUAGCUGGCUAAACGCACUGUCUGCAUGCGAACAAUAACGAAAUCAACAACAACAUGCCAACCAUGGGAAUAGCUGAAAUAGAUUCAAGCAGUCUCGACGGGGAGCUAACAUGCAGCAAAGAAGUGGUGGUGAUGGAGGGAGACAGGGAAGACCUCGGGACGCUGUGUGCUGAAGAAGAUUUGGUGGCAUCCGCGCUUGCUGCCACUGUCACCUCUCAAGUUAUUGUGGAAGAACUGAGAAGGCUUGGGUUAUGUUCAAACAUAGAGGGAGACGUGGAAUACGUACCAUACGAGUCUGAACUGCAAAUGUCAGACAUCAAAAGGCUUAUUACCAAGGACUUGUCAGAGCCUUAUUCGAUUUAUACAUAUAGGUAUUUCAUUCAUAACUGGCCUCAACUCUGCUUCCUGGCGAUGGUGGAUAAGGAUUGUGUUGGUGCCAUUGUGUGCAAACUGGAUAUGCACAAGAAGAUUCACCGUGGCUACAUUGCCAUGCUGGCUGUGGACUCCAGAUACCGGAGGAAAGGCAUUGGUACAUAUCUAGUCAAAAAGGCUAUCUAUGCUAUGAUGGAUGAGGACUGUGAUGAGGUGGUGCUGGAGACUGAGAUCACCAACCAAUCAGCCCAGAAACUGUAUGAGAACCUGGGCUUUGUGAGGGACAAGAGGCUCUUCCAAUACUAUUUAAAUGGAGUGGAUGCUCUACGGCUCAAACUGUGGCUCCGGUAGCAAUGCAGUCAGUGUCUCUGGCCUAUUUCUCCCAGUCUCAGGAACAAACGUCCUCCCUACAAGGGAAACAUCAAAGCCACAGAAAAUCCAGCAAGAUCAUGAAGGGAAAUUGGAGACACGUACCACAGUUUUCUUUGGUGGAUUGGGAAUACUUUUGGCAUUUUAGUGGCCAGUGGAAAUGAACUGAAAAUAACACACCCUAGCCCUUGACCUGUACCAAACUAAAUCAAUUACAAA